AAAGUUUUUGUCUUCGAAAUGUAGCCAACAUUUUGGGUUAAAGAAAGCGUUCUCUGUGACAAAAUAUUUAGAUUGAAACAAGAACUUCCUUGUAGCAUUUUCUAUCGGCGAUCUUUGCAGCCUUUUUAUUAACAACAUGAUGGAUCCGAGUCUAACACCCGUCCAAGAAAACUACCCACAGUUGCUGGUCAACAAAGUUGAUUCGAAACGUGCUCAAUGGUACAGUCCGUGCAAGAAUUUUCCUAAAUUACCUCUUUCUCCUGAACCUGAUCCACCGACUCUAAAAUUGACCCACUUUGCCGCGGUUCCUAAGAUAUCCUUUGGAACUGUGAAAGUCGGAAGCAGCAAAACAGAGCCGUUCGUGGUACAAAAUCCACAUCCAUCGAGCCAAAGUUUGGUCUUAGAGAAAUUUCCAAAGGACAAAGGUUUUACUCUAGAUCUGAAUGGAAAUGGCAUGGCCGAGGAUUCUGAGGGAAACUGUUUAUCGAUCCCACCAAAUGAAGAAACAUUUUUGUCGAUAAAAUGGGAGCCAAAGGAAAGUGGAAACUGUCGCGAGGUAAUCCUAUUCAAGUGGCAUAAUUCUCCUCGACUGCAAGUAGUAGUGUUUGGGACAGCUUUGGGUCCAAAGAAGAUAAAAUCAGCAACUAAAAAGAUCGUCAAGAAAUCCGGACCAAAAAAGAUCAGCAGAAAACCUCAAGAGAGCAAGAGAGUUGCCAGAGCUAUCCUUCAGCCAAGCCAAGUUCCAAAUACUCAUGAUUCAAAGGAAAAAAGGGUAACAGUCAUUCGCAAACUUGAUGGUGAAAACAUUGAUUAUGAGAAUGCACCUGUGGAAAAUUUGCCAGAAGAGAAUGAGCGACGUGAUACAUAUAGUGUCACAAACAAUGAAAAACUUGGACCACUCUGCAAGACUUCUCCAAGUAUAUUUACUUCAAAGCUUACAAAACCUGCAACAAAGCCAGUCAGUGGAAAAACAAAGAAAACAGCAGUACCAAAGAAAAUUUCUCCCAUCUCAGGACCAUUGAAAAAGAAGCCAAAAACUACAGUAAAAUUGAAAGUUGCAGCCAAGGGAGUUGCUCAAAGAAAAUUGCAGCUAGUUAAAACCCCCAAAACUAAGCUUCCGCGGCAUCCAAUGCCAUUCGCAGCAAAGAACAUGUAUUAUGAUGAGAGGUGGAUUGAGAAGCAAGAAGAAGGUUUCACUAAAUGGCUGAACUUUGUGCUGACACCACCUGACGUAACAGAUUCCGAAGUACAAGCUGAUGCCAGUAGAGGAAAUAUGAUCCUUGGAGGAACUCAAGACAUAAAGAAGUCUCAGCCUUUAGCCCCAACUAAAGAGGCCCUCUCCCUUAGGGCCUACACUGCUAGGCGUAAGAUGGCCCGUUUAAGAAGGUGUGCCUGUUUGUUGUACCAAUCAGAACCCUUGGGGUACAUAAUUAGAAAGAUUGAAGCCGAGGUGGAAAAUGGACGAUUUACCAUCAGACCAGACAAAAAGUUACAUGCAGAUUUAGGAAUCAAGAAGCAAGUUACUGACAUGAUCUUGUCUUACAACCCAUUAUGGCUGCGGAUUGGACUUGAGACCAUAUUUGGUGAAAUUCUCCCUAUCCACUCAAACGAUGACGUAAAUGGGCUGAGGCGUUUUAUCACAGACAGAUUACUUGGUAAUCCGGAUAUUGCCACUGCAUUUGCACAUCCACAGGUCCCAGGGUUGUAUCGAGAAGGUUACGUGGAGCAGCUGGGAAAGUUUACCCUAAAGAAGUUUCUCUUGUUGGUGUUGUUUUUGGAUCGUGCGAAAUUGACACGGCUUAUUGAUCAUGACCCGUGUCUCUUCAACAAGGAUGCUUCAUUCAAGUCAAACCGCAGUCUUCUACUAACGUUCUCCCGUGAGUAUCUUAAGGGAGAAGGUGACGUGACAAAGCACUUGAACUUCUUGGGUUAUUCCGUCACGCAUUCUCAGAGACCGAUCGACGAAGUGGAUUACGCUGUGAAGAACAUCGCGAUAGAUCUUAGAGACGGUCUGCGUCUAACGCGCGUGGUUGAGCUUUUGACCCAUAAUUGGCAGUUGUCAGCAAGUCUUCGUGUUCCAGCCAUUUCCAGAUUACAGAAAAUUCACAACGUGGACCUUUUUAUAAACGCAUUGAAACAAAGAGGCAUUCUUGUUGGAGGAAUUCAUGGUGGUGCCAUUGAUGCGCGCCAUAUCGUGGAUGGACACCGAGAGAAAACGCUUGCUUUGCUGUGGCAGAUUAUUUUUCACUUUCAGGUAAAUGUUCUUCUGAGCGAAAAACUUCUCAAGGAGGAAAUAGCUCAUUUAGAGAGUACCAGGCUUCUCCGCGAUCAGUUAACUGCCGCUGAGAACUGGAUUGAGGGAGACGAAGCAGAUUUCGUCGGAAAACGUCGGGACUCGUCAGACCUGUAUUUCCAGUCAGACCGGUUGCGCUUGCUUUUUAAAUGGUGCAAGAUGGUUUGCAGAUUGUACGGCUUGAAGAUCGAAAACUUCACUGUUUCAUUUUCGGAUGGUCGUGCUCUGUGCUACCUUCUCCAUUAUUAUCACCCCUCACUACUCCCCCGGUCACUUAUCAAAGAACAAACUAGUUUGACCCAUAAUCCGGGGGUACACGACACAAGUGACAGUGAGGGUGAGGAAGGAUUGGGAGUGAACUCAUGGACUGCAAUAUUCAGCCCGGGUUGUGGAACAAAUUCGUUUCUUGAGGAACUGAAAAACAAUGAGCGCGAAAACUUCCGUACAAUGGCAGAGAAGGUAAGAGAACUGGGUGGAGUUCCUUUGAUGACAAAGGCCUCCGACAUGUCUUACACAAUUCCUGAUGAGAAGGUUGUCAUUACUUAUGUAGCUUAUCUGUGUGCGCGGUUAUUGGAUCUACGCGAGGAGACGAAGGCUGCGCGCUGUAUUCAGAUGGCCUGGAGACGAUUUCGCCUUAAAAGGCGAUUGGAGCUGAAAAAGAAUGUUGCGAAGAUAGUUGUUUCUAUACAGGCAUGUGCCAGAGCCGCUAUGACGCGACGUAGAUUUCAAGCCAUGAGACAUUCUGCUGUUCUUGUUCAGUCCGUGUUUCGUGGUCACCUGGUUCGUCGACAACUUCGUGCUCAUCGCCAGGCUGUGAACUGCAUCCAGACCCGCUACCUGGCCUUCAAAAAAGGUCGAGAGGUCCUUGAAUGGUACAGAAGCCUCCGAAAAUCUGUUUUACGACUUCAGCGUAUUGUAUUGGCCAAUCAGAAGAAACGAAAAGGAAGGAGAGAUCGGGCUGCGAAAGUAGGACAGUCUGCUUGGAGAGGAUUUGCGGAGAGGAGGAAGUUUGUUGAGCAACGAGAGGCUUGUAUUCGGAUUCAAGCCUUCAUCAGAGGAGUCAUACAGCGUAGGCGAUUUUUGCUCCUUCGAAACUCGACUGUGCUUAUUCAGAGAAUCUUCAGGGCAUUGGUGAUUGAGAGAAAAGAAAGGAAACACUAUCUUCAUUUGAGGAAGUGCGUGAUUUUGCUACAAUCGUUAUACAGAGGUAUGUGCGAUCGAAAACGCGUGAAGCAAAUUCGUGCGGUUAUCACAAUUCAAAGCCAUGUGCGUGCGUGGCAAACUCGCACAAGAUUCGUGUCAAUGAAACAUGCAGCUACCAUGAUACAGGCUAACGUUAGAAUGUAUCAAACGCGAAAGAAGUUUGCGCGUGUGAAAAGUGCAACGAGAACUUUACAAGUCCAUAUCAGAGCAGCUCUCCUCGGACGGAAAGAAAAGAUCAGGUACAUGAAUCAAAAGUCUGCUUGCAUUAAGAUCCAGUCAUUAAUCAGAUGUGAUCAGCAAAGGAAGGUGUUUUUAAAGAAGAGAAAAGCCAUCGUAAUGAUUCAGUCCAUUGUCAGGAAGUGCCUCGCAAGGUCACGUUACGGAAAGUUGCUUUCAUCUACUGUGAAGAUCCAGAGAAGAUUUCGAGAAUUUCUUUAUGCGAAGAGUGUACAAAAGAAAUUUGUGCACAUGAAGCUAUCUGCAUUAAAGAUCCAGUCAUACUACAGAGGUUACAGGUGUAGGAAGGAGUUUACUCGAGUCAGGUUGGCCACCGUUACCCUUCAAUCACUAACGCGUCGUUUUCUAAGUAGAAAGAAGUUUUUGGCGCUAACACAUGCUGCUGUUGUGAUCCAGACGCACUACCGCGCUCUACAACAGGGACGCCGCCAGAGGGUCGAGUAUAACCGCAUCCUUGAUACUAUUGUUCAACUUCAGGCUUUAGUCCGGGGUAACAUUGGCCGUAGACGUCUCAUGGCCCAACACAGAUCAGCUACUCUGAUCCAGACUGUCUACAGAGGGUACGUUUCUCGCACUAGGUAUCGAUCAUCAAGACAGGCUGCUAUAAAUAUACAGCGUCGUUACCGUUCGCUUCUCCUUGGCCGCCAUGCUCGUUCCAAUUUCCAACGCCUCCAACUCGCAUCAAUGCAAAUACAAUCUUACUUCCGCGGAUUCCGAGCAAGGAAACAGGUCAAACGUCUGCGAAGUGCCGUGAAAAUUCAAGCUGCUUAUCGUGGAUACCAAUCCAGAAAGUCAUACAACAUUUCUCGUAACUGUAUUAUUCAUGCUCAAGCAUUUGCUCGUGGUUAUUUAACGAGGAAAUACUACUACGAGCUCAAGAAAGCCACUGUGAUGCUACAGAGUCGGUACCGUGCCCGCGUGAUUGGCAUGCGUCAGUAUGUUAAUUAUCACGUGCAACGCGGUGCCUGCAUCGUGAUACAAGCAGCUGCGCGUGGCUACCAUUAUCGUAAGAGAUACCUUGAAGUGAGGAACGCUGCGAUAGUCAUUCAACGAAAGUACAAAGCUACAGUUAACUGUAGGAGCCAACGGGAACGUUACCUUGCUAGUAGACGUGCAGCGAUUCAUCUCCAGGCUUGCGUGCGUGGAUGGCUAGACAGAAGACUGGCGCGAAGAGUUCGCGCGGCAAGAUUGAUCGAGGCGACAUUUAAGAUGCACAAAGCAAGGGAAGAGUUCCUCGCAUUUAGAAGAGCUGUUGUGAGAAUACAAGCUCAAACACGUAUGAUACAACAACGGCAGAGGUUCAUUAGCUUGAAAAAGGCAAGCCUUGUAAUUCAACGGAGGUAUAGGGCGACAAUUCUCUGCAAGCACGAUCAACUUGUGUUUCACUUCAUCCGCGGCGCAGUCAUCACUUUACAGAUGGCUAUAAGAGGAUACCUCGUGCGAACGAAGCUUCGCAACAUGAAUGAUGCCGCUGUGAAAAUCCAGGCUUGUUUUCGCGGGUUUCAGGCGUGGAGACGAUAUGAAGCUACUAAGAGAGCUGUGUUGAUUUUACAGCUGCGAUGGCGCGCUUGGCUUCUCGGUCGAGCAGUCGCACGGAAUUACAAUGCGUUAAAGUCGUCUUCUCUCAUAAUCCAAUCAAGUUAUCGCCAUUACAAGGUGCGACUUAAUUUGAAACGUAACCAGGCAGCAGUCAAGAUCCAAAGCGCCUAUCGCCGCUAUGUGUGUGCCUCCAAUUAUCUUCUCCAGAAGUCUUCUGUGGUUGUUAUCCAGGCAGAAGUAAGACGCUACUUUGCACGACGAUCCUAUCUAAACCUUCGUCACGCUGCAUCUAUGAUUCAGCGCCGAUUCCGGGCUCAGAGGGACAUGCAGGAGGCCAGACAGUGUUUCAUUCUCCAGAGGAAGGCAUGCAUUGUGUUGCAGACUUGGAUUAGAAAAUGGCAAUGCAGACGACGAUACAAUGCUAUCAGAUCAGCAGCAAUCACCAUCCAGCAACACUUCCGAGCUGGCGUUAAGUCUUAUACACAAAGAGAAGGUUUCUUGCAGCUGCGGGGCGCCGCUGUUGUCCUACAGUCUUACUGGAGAAUGUCCUCGGCCAGGAGAAAAUACAAGAGAGCUCAGGAUGCUGCCAUUAAGAUACAAGCUUUUGCGCGCAUGACGAAAGGAGUUCGGGCUUAUCAAAAGCUCAAGAAUGCCACCAUUUCAUUACAGAAGAUUUACAAAGCUAAUCACCUUUGCAAAAGGCAGCGUCAAAGUUACGAAAUGAUGCGUCUUGGCGCUAUCGUCAUACAAUCGCAUCUGCGUGGAUUUAGAGCAAGACAGCGUGUUGCUGAAAUGCUGCUAGAGAAACAGAGACGGCGAACAGCUGCCCUGAAGAUUCAGCGGUACUACCGUGGAUUUCGCCUCAUGGAGAAAACUCACUUUACCUAUCACGUGACCCGUGGUGCAAUCAUCACUUUGCAGUCUGCUUUCCGCAUGGUUCGUGCGCAGAAAUUGGCACGCAGGCUCAGAGCUGUUGUUAAGAUACAGGCAGCAUAUCGUGGAACAGUCAAACGUAGAAAUUUCUUGAGCGUAAGGGAAGUUGUUUGCAGACUGCAGGCAACAGUGCGUCGCAAUCAAACCAGAAAGCAAUUUGUAAGAACACGAAAAUCAACCGUUGCAAUUCAACAACGGUACAGAGCACAAGUAGCAAUGAGGAAGAUCUCUGCAGAGUAUGAGUGCCUCAGACGCUCUAUAGUCCUUAUUCAGUUGUAUUACAGAGGUUACUGUCAGCGGAAGUCUUAUCUUUGUGACCGACAAAAGGUAGUGCUGGUUCAGUCUUUGGUACGGAUGCAUCUACAAAGGACGAAGUUUCUUCAUAAGCGCACGGCAGUCAUUGUCAUUCAAUGUCGGUAUCGAUCGUUCAUCAUCGGCCAGGGCGUCCGUCUGAGAUUCCAUCUGAUGAAAUGGGCAGUCACUAGAAUCCAGAGCUUUUACCGAGGUUGCCUAGUAAGAGCUGAAGUGAAGAAACUGAGAUCAGCCAUACUUAUUCAGUCUCAUGCACGAGGAAUGAUACAGAGGCAGAAAUACUACCACGCUAAACAUGUCGUGAUCAGAAUACAAGCCUUGACAAGGGCCUGGUACUAUCGGAAGAGUUACUUAAAACUUAAAGCCGCCACAGUCUUUCUGCAAAGAAAAGUGCGAGCCCAAAUUGCCUCACGAAAGGAAAGAAGAGAAUUUCAAGAAAUCAAACGUGCAGCAGUUACUCUUCAAUCCUUUUACCGAGGCCGGAAGGCUCGCUACACUGUUCGUCAACUGAAGGCUGUGAUUCAGAUUCAGAGAUGGUUCCGGGGUAUUUUGGCAGGAAGAACAACCCGUGAAGAAUAUGAAAGACUCAAGGAUGCUACUGUCAUAUUGCAGGCAGCUUUCCGUGGAUACCGCGUGCGGAUGGCCGCUCGUAAAAUGUUCGCUGCUCGUGUCAUUCAGGCAGCUUUCAGAGGAUUUAUCACAAGAAGGAAGAUAAAAUUUCAGAAGGCGCAGCGUUUGGUACAGUUAAACAAGUUUGCGUCAGUUACAUAUCUUCAUCUGAAAGCCAUCAAAAUCCAGCGGUGUUAUCGGCGAGCACGCGCGAUAGCCGUGGCAAAAGCGCGUAUGGAUGCUGUUCUUUUAAUCCAGUGUUGGUGGCGGGGUGUACUCGAACAUCGGAGGUUUACCACUCUUCGCUCAGCCGCGGUUAUUGUACAGAGAGCAGCGCGGAGGAAACUGGUGACGAAAAACAAAAGCGCAGUGAAGAUCCAGUCCCUUAUCAGAGGCGUUUUGGCAAGGAAUCAUUUACGAAAACUUCAGAAAUAUGCGCUGAGAAUACAGGCUUUGUGGCGAGGCUACCGAGUUCGGCGUGAAGAGUCAUCCCUAAAGGUUAAAAGAGCGCGAAAGCGGAUCAAGUCCGCAAAUGCCGCAGCAACUGAAUCAAUGAAGCUUUGUAACCGUACAAGGUCCGCCCUUGACUUCCUACUGCAGUGUAAGAACAUCAGCAAGAUAGUGGGGGCGCUUGUCAACCUGGAGGUUGUAACUCGUCUGUCAGAGGUUUGCUGCCAGCAGGUGGUGAAAGAUGGUGCACUGCCUGUUAUAUUCAAAGUAAUCAAGAAGUGCAACCGCAGUUUACCUCACUUAGAAGUCAUUAAAUAUUCCAUAUCAAUACUAUUUAAUGUGGCAAAGUACCCGUCAGUUUACUAUGCUGUUUAUGAGCAACCAGAUUCCAUCGAAACCUUGGUUGAGCUACUAGCAAACUUCCGAGACAAAACUGCCCUCUUCGCUAAAACUUGCUGCCUUCUUGUUGUCUUAUGCCGAGACUCAUCCAUCACUCAACAUAUUCUCAACAUGGCAAAGACUAUAGAAGACAUCAAGAGUGUUCACAAGAUAGCGGAACGAAAUCACAGACUGGAAGCUAAGCGAAACAAGGUUAACGAGAAGAGCGCCUGCCAGUUUGCCCCACCCACGCCUUAUAAAGGAAAGAAAUCGAAUCCAGUAAAAUGGCAACGACGGCUGGAUAUGGUCCAGGAUCCUUUGGAAGCCGUAAGACUGCUCGUGAGGAAACUGGGCCUAGCUGGGUUUGAUGAAUGAGAAAUUCCUUUGUUUUUAACCCACCAUUUUUAAUUCGUUACUUUAAAUUAAGAAAACACCCGUUUUAUUUCAUUUAUCUGUAUAUAGCGUGCGUUCAGUUUUAGCGCACUUUAAACUGCGAGCAUUUACGUCAUAUUCGCACAUGAUGCGCGGUGACUCUUGAGAUGGGCCUUUUAUUUUCAACAUCCGCGUUUUAUCUGCUGUUUAAACAAUCUCACUAACUGGGUACAUUUUUAAAAGGUCGCACGUCUUCUUGAAAGCCGCAAUGGAUAAUUGCAUUUAAAAACAUUGUAGCUAGCAAAAUAUUUAAAGCUAUGUAGUAAUGUUAAAAUUGUAGUUCUUAGUUCAUAGAAAACAAAGCUAAGAAUCAUGAUGGGACACUUCACGCUCUGCUUCAUGAAAUGAGACAGUUUUAUUCCUACUCAUUAACAUCAUUCAGUUGUACUUGGUCAUCUCUUCUGAAAAUACAAUUACCCUGAAGAGAGUAAAACUACCAUGCACAUUC